UGUAUUUUGAAGUUUAAACUAGUAUUUGUUUUUGUAGAUCAAGAAUAUAAUCCUAAUCCCUUAAAUCCGUGCAUUUUAUAAUUGCUAUUUCAUUUAUACCGAUGAUGGAUACUGGAUAAUGUAGUGUUAUUAUACGUAGGUAACAGCUAAAAAAGGUUAAUUUGUGAACUUUUUCAUUCAUAGGAACAGCCCAAUCAUAAAAACUCAAUGAUCUAGGAAUAAGCUAGAAUCUGUAUAGAACUUAGAAGAUGUUACAGAAUCUUAGUUACUGACUACCGAUUAAAGUCGUAUAGUAAGGUAGUAAGGUGAAGAAGUUAGGGCUCAACAUGGCAAGUCCACCAAGCAAGACCAGCAUAAAUAACAGCGUGGAUGUAAAAAAUGAAAUUCCCUAUAAAGCAAUAAAAGUUUUAAAGCCAAGUACAUAUUGUACUAGAAAACCUGCCAAAAGGAAACAUCAAAAACAUAGUCAAGCUACAUAUUGUACAAGAAAACCUGUCAAAAAUAAACAAGUAAUAAAUAAAAAAUCUGAUUUAAAAACAACACAGCAUCAGUCAGGUGAAUUGAAUGACGUAUGUCGGAUUUGCUUACUUGCUGAUACCAACAUGUUAUCCAUGAUGUCCAAGAUUGGCAGUGAUAGUAUAGCAGAUAUGUUUUAUUCUAUAACAGCUGUUAAGGUGGCACCUGAAGAAAAUUAUCCAUUGAUGGUUUGUAGUCACUGUCGUAACUGUCUUAUUGAUUGCUAUAGAUUUAGGAUUAAAUGUAUAGAAUCAAACACCAUUCUACAAUCUAAAAUUGGUGGCAAGAACAACCUAAUUCAAAAUAAUUCUAGUAUUGCUGGGAAAACUGACAAACAAACACAAUCAUGUGUUAAUGUUGAGAUAAAUGGAAAAAAUGAAGGAACUGUCAAAAUUGAAAUGGAUAUUGACCCAGACCUUUAUGAAAAAGUUGACAGAACUAAUACAUUUGAAAUGGAUAUUGAAAUACACCAAAAUAAUGAAGAACUUGGAUAUUUAGAAGAAGACAUAUCUUUGACAAAUGAAUCAGACAAAGUGGUUCAUUGCACACCUAAUAAAAACUUAUUAAAGAGAGAGAAAAAGAAAUAUACUGAGAAACUACAUUUUUCUUGUCUUACGUGUCCUAGGAAAUUUCUUGAAUUAAAUAUUUUAAGAGUACAUUCCAAGACAUGUAGCGAUAAUAAACAAAAUGAAUACAAAUGUGGUCAAUGCACACAAUGUUUUGGUUCUGAAUAUGACCUGAAAAUACAUUCAGCAAUACAUAUUAAGGGAAAUAAAUGGAAAUGUACCAAAUGUGAAAAGGAUUUUACAGACCGCACCAAAUUCAGUCGGCACAUUCGUCGCCACAUGGACACAACAAAGCGCUGGUCGUGCGAGUCGUGUGGGAAGGCAUUCGCGGAAAAGUCCGCGUUGGUCAGACACUCUCGCGUACACACCGGCGUGGCAAGGGAGAAGAAAUACUCUUGCAAACUGUGUAAUAAGAAGUUCGGUGACAGAUAUCAGCUAAACGAGCAUAAUGCAAAUCACACUGGUGUUCGUCCGUGCUCGUGCGACGUUUGUGGGAAGACAUUUGCGUCGUCGCGUCUUCUCGCUUCGCACAGCCGCGUGCACAGUGACGACAGACCCUAUGAGUGCUCUUACUGCAUCAGGCGGUUCCGAGAAAAGUCAACCCGCGACACUCACCACCGCACGCAUACGGGCGAGAGGCCGUACAUAUGCUCCGUGUGUGGGAAGUCUUUCAUCCAGAACUCCAACCUCAGGCUGCAUAUGCGAACUCAUACAGGUGAAAAGCCAUACACAUGUCAGGUGUGCGGACGCAAGUUUUCCUCUGGCUCCUCACUCUGUUCCCACAAGCGAAUCCACACCGGAGAGAAGCCUUAUAGCUGUGCUUUUUGCGGAAAACGGUUUGCGCGCAUGGACAUCAAAGGACACCUUCGCCUGCAUACGGGCGAGCGACCGCACGCGUGUUGCGCGUGUCCAAAGCAAUUCGUGAGCGCGGCCGCCUUGCGAGAACACCGCCUCGUGCACACCGGCGAAAAACCGUUCCAAUGCACCUUAUGCCCAGCGAAGUUUAAGAAGAAGAUGUACUUGACGAAUCACCUCAAACGCCACGCCAAGGAUAAGAAAGUGAAAAAGAAACACGUUGCUGCUCAAGAAAACAUAAACAUUGUUGUAGAAGGAAACGAAUUUAUUGUUAGAAUAGAGAACGAAAAUAUUAAUAUACAAGACCAACAAACAUCCAGCGCUGUUAAUGAAAAUGUAAUUUGUACCAAACACAUGGAUGAAGAUACACCAACCAGUGAAUGUACAGGUGAAAAUAGAAAUGUUAUCUUGAAUGCAUAUGAAGAAGAGCUUAUAUUACUAGACGACAGUGAUGUUAAGACAGAGCUUGUUGUUGUUGAUGACGGACAAACUAUACACUACCAAAACAUUGAUGAUGUGUGCUCAAACGAAGUUAUUGUUGGGGGUGAGCUUAAUGUUAUUGAAGUUAAUGUUAUAGAUGAUAUUGAAAGUGGAAUUAAUUUAACAGAGACCUCCACAAAGCGAGAAAUGUAAAAUUUUAUAAAUUGGAUGAUUGUUUAUUGCAAAAUAUAAACAGCUGGAGGGUGAGAGCCACUUAAAGGAAAUUACUAGUACUACUAAUAUAAGAUCACAAGCUGUGCCCCAGUGUAUCUUGAAAUACAACAGUAAUUUCGAAAGAAAAUGGUAGAAAGAAUACAGUUGAAAAACAGAUAUGUGUUCUAAACAGACAUUAUUUUUAACAGAAAUUGUCUGAGGGUUCUGACGUUGUAAAGAUUUUAGUACAAAUCCUUUUUUCAAAUUGGUGUUUGAGAUAAAGUAUCCUAAGACCAGGAUGCAAGAUAUGUGUAAAGUCUGUAUUGGUUGAGCCAAGCUUAUGAAUGAAUAAAUAUACACAAA